AUGCUUGGCCCAAGCAAAAGGCAAAGAGCCAUAAGGAGUAACAUCAAGGCGCACCCCAAGUUAAAGGACCUGAAGAAGCGGAUUCAGGAUGAUAUUGCAUUCACGAGGCUAUUAAGCUGUAUGUUGAUGCUGCACCUGAAGGUCUACCACAUCUUUCGCCUACCUCCCAACUGGUCCCCUCCAGGCAUAUCCCAAAUGACUGAACCCACCGAACCUGCCACCACCACUGAUCCUCCAGCCCAUUAUCAGGAAGCAGCCAUUCUGGCUCAAACUCAGGCACCUUGGAUGAAAACCAUCGGAUGGUUCACUUAUCGAGAAGCAUGUGGGCAUCCAAGCUUUGGUUCCUUGGGGUUAUCUAUAUGGCUAGGCAGCCAUACACCUCCCCUCCAGGAUACCAGAGUCCUCCGCCAUGUGACCACACCCCAUUUCCUGGGUCACAGGAUAACCUCAACAUGGUACUGGCUCGCGGCUCCAUGUUAUGAACCCUCUCCCACAUACCCCGGAUUUUCUCCACUGCCAUCUCACACUCACGCCUUCGUCAACAGUCUACCCAUGAAAGCAAUGUUCACUGCCUGGCAGCCUCCUUCUCUCUUAGAGACUCUGCUGCUCUCCUUGCUAACUUUCCAUCACCACCUCACCACUACCACUAUCCUCAUCCAUCCCAACAGCACUCUCAUCCAUGUCUUCACUGCCUGCAAUCUCUUUCUGGGCAAAAACCCUUUCUAUGCAGGAUUUCCCCAAUUCACCAAGAAAAAUGUCAAGGAUUGGUCUAGGAUGAUUGCUUGUUCUGCUAAUAGGCUGAACCUGAGACAGGCUCCUGUGCCCUUGCCCAACAUUGAUGAAUUGAACCCCACUGUGGGGCGACAAAGGGCUGAAAAUUGCUCUUCUGAGUCACAGGAGAAGGUUGCCAUAGCAUCUGCUGAAAGGUCUGCCAAUCUGUGGUUGAAAUAUGCUCCCACCUAUACUCUCUCCCGCAUCACACUCACUGACCUUAUGGAACGAACCAAAAAUUGUGACAAAGAUGUCGACAAGGCCAACACUAUCAUCUCUGGGAUGCAGGACCUCGAAGCAGAUGCCUGCUCUGCAAAAUUCAUGGACAAAACUGGGAAGACCUUGGCAUGUGUCUUUUCCCACAGAACACAGAUGAAUGACCAGGCUACAGUGGAAAGAAAAGGCAGGGGGGAAAGGACCGCCUACCCUGGACCCCAUAAAUGGACACUGAAGGAUGUUCAAGCGUCUAAGUCUGAAGACCAGCACUGGGAUGGAAUUCCUUCUCGAGCCCCCCCUGAUUGCCCUGAAGAUGUGGAAUAUAUUAGGGAUGGCGUGGGCGAAUGCUUCAAGGUCGCCUUUCCCAAUUACUAUUCCCAGUACAAGGCUGCCUUUGAAGCUGGUGCCUGGAUGAUGGAGGACCCUGGGCCUUGGCUGGGGAGGGCCAUUGUUUGGAAGUUUCCAGUUGAGACCCAUGUGGACAGCUUAGAUGACUGGAGCUCUUUACUCUCCCCCACCUAUUCCUACCGGACUCCUAUUGGACUGGACUAG